AUGUCGCCAACUGACGCAUCACAAGGGGCUGGGCAGUCCGCUGUCUACCAGACACCACCUCAUGGGCUGAAGGAAUGGCUCUUCAUUAUCGUCUUGUGCUCCACUCAACUUUUCGUUCAAGGUUCCUUCGGAUACAUCCUCAUCCCCUUGCAUAUCGUGGGGCAAACCUUUGGUCAGGGACCAUCCGACGCCACGCAGAUGACCUGGCAUGUUGGCGGUUAUAGCUUGACAGUGGGCACAUUUGUUCUGAUAGCAGGGAAGCUCGGAGAUCUGUAUGGUUCCAAGCGCAUCCUUAUCGUCGGAUGGGUGUGGUUUGGCGUCUGGUCCGUCAUUGGCGGCUGCAGCGCCUUUACACAUUCACCAGUCUUCUUUGAUGCCGCCCGAGCACUCCAGGGCAUUGGGCCGGCAUUGCUUCUCCCGAAUGCCCUCGCUAUUGCUGGCAGAACCUAUCCACCGGGCAAGAAGAAGAAUAUGAUCUUCUCCGCAUUUGCUGUGGCCGCACCACUGGGAUGUUUUACCGCUGGGGUCAUCGGGUCGGCCUUUGCGGAGUAUAUCUGGUGGCCAUGGGUGAUGUGGACUUACAGCGGCGGAUGCUUCAUUAUUGCUGCGACUGGAUUUUGGGUGAUUCCGCACGACUAUCCAUCCUACCAGAAGACUGUCCAGUUUGACUAUAUCGGAUCUGCUCUGGGUGUUGCGGGCUUACUCUUGCUAAAUAUCUCAUGGAACCAAGCACCCAUCGACGGCUGGUCCACAGCUUAUGUGUAUGUGCUGUUGAUUGUUGGGUUUCUCAUUCUGGGGCUCUUUGUUCUCCAGGAAAGGCGCGCCGUGGAUCCCAUUCUGGACGUAUCCAUAUUUAGUCGACGCGUGGUAGCAGUCCUGGUGACGACCGGCUUAGGGUGGAGCAGCUUUGGCGUUUGGUUCUAUUAUCUGUUUCAGUUUAUUCAGCAUUUCCGACAUGUGUCGCCUUUGGAUUCAGCUGUGCAGUUCGCACCGGGAGCCCUCUCAGGGAUCCUUGCCGCCCUUGCCACACCGUAUCUGAUGAUUGUUGUCUCUAGCGGCUGGCUGAUGGCAAUUGCUUGUGCUGCGUUUCUCGGUGGAUGUAUCCUGCAGAGCACGGCCCCAGUAGAGCAAUCAUACUGGUUGAAUACGUUCUGGUCAUUUGUCAUUAUGGCCUGGGGGAUGGAUAUCUCCUUUCCCGCGUCCACGACUAUCUUGAGUGAUGCUGUACCCAUCAAGCACCAGGGAGCCUCGGCAUCAUUAGUCAACACCGUCAUAAAUUACUCCAUCGCCAUCGGUUUAGGGAUAGCGGGGACUGUGGAGGCGGAAGUAAGUCAUCACGGCGUGGACCUGCUGAGAGGGUACCGUGCUGCUUUGUGGACGUCCGUAGGACUAUCUGCACUUGCAUUUGGUAUCGCUUUGGUGUAUGCUGCCUGCACAUUCCAGGACUAUCGACCCUCCAGGAAGAGCAACCGGGAACGCGACAACGAGCUUGUAUAG